UUCGCACACGAAACUGACCUUGUCCUGCCAUUAUAUUGUUUCCCGGGCAUGAACAGUAUGUAGUCGCCUGUCUACACCUAUAAAGCAACGCCAAACCUUCAUACGCCGGCUACUCACUAUACUACUCCCUAAUCCUUACCUUCUCCUCCUCGAUCUCCAUUGCGAACCGGCCUCUUCUUCCUCUUCAUCGGAGUGAUCUAUACUAGGCUAGGGCGUUGCUAGCUAGCAGCUAGGUCUCUGUGCAGUGACGAACUGACUCUCGAUUGGACACCCGCCAUGUAUAGCGCUAGUGCCAUGGAGGCCGAGGAUUUCGGGAAAUCAUGGCUCGGCCUAGGGAUAGGCGGCGGCGAUCUGAAGCGGAGCCACGGCGAGCGGAGGUCGGCGGUGCGGCUCGACUUGCUGUUCCCGCAGCAGAGCGUCAAGGAAGAAGAAGCUGCGGUGGGCAGCACCAAGGCAGAGAAGGGUGCUCGGAAGAGGUUGAAGAUCACCGAUGACGACGGCGUCGGCCGCCGGUCUCUCGAGCCGAGCCCGAGCGACGACGGCGGCGCAGGCGCGAGGAAGAAGCUCCGGCUCACCAAGGAGCAGUCGACCCUGCUCGAGGACACCUUCCGCGCCCACAACAUACUUUCCCACGCUCAGAAGCACGAGCUCGCGCACCAGGUGAAUCUAAGCGCGAGACAGGUAGAAGUGUGGUUCCAAAACAGGAGAGCAAGAACAAAGUUGAAGCAGACGGAGGUGGACUGCGAGAUCCUGAAGCGGUGCUGCGAGAGCCUCACCGGCGAGAACCAGCGGCUGAAGCACGAGCUCGCGCAGCUGCAGCGGUCGGCGGCGGCCGGGCUCUACGUGCAGCUCCCGCGGCGGGGGGCCCCGCCGGCGAAGGCCACCAUAUGCCCGUCCUGCGACAAGGUCACCCUGACGACGAGCGGCGGCGAGACAAGCAAGAGCUCCAGCGGCAGCUAUUCCUCCUGAGCGAGAUCGAGGACGAAGCCUAGUAUAUAUAUAUAUAUAUAUAUAUAUAUAUAUAUAUAUAUAUAUAUAUAUAUAUAUAUAUA